AUGAAAGACCGAAAGAAAGCACCACCUUUCCACGAGAGCGAGCUGAAGUUACUCAUGCGGCUCUACUGCGAUUCCUACGAAGAGUACCAUGGGCGAGGACGAGAACCUGGAAAAUGUGGUGGCCAUUCCGAUAAGAGGAGUUUAUUACGGCAUUUCGCAAAAGAAGUCUCCAACCUCGGGUUUUAUCAGCGUACCGAGAAACAGAUUGAAGAACGUUUACGAGCCGAUUGUAAACGCGUUCGAAAGCACGAGCGAGCCCGAAUACAUGAAGGACAAGAGGCGGUGCUAAACAGCCUGCCAACAUACCUGCACCAAUUGUAUGAAUGUCGCAAAAACAAAGCCAACGGUUCCGGUUUACUGAGUUUACAUGACGAAGACUACGACGUCAACGAAGAAGAUGCACCUAGCACCUGGAAUAAGCGUGAACACCAGGAACUUUUGAUCUACUCAUUCGACCUUCCGGACUCUUAG